GGCCACGCUCGCUGUCGCCAUCGCCACCAAUCGUUACCGCAUCGCACUCACUCCCUCACUCACUCUACAACGUUCCACACCUGCAGGCCUCGCCAGAUAUUUUCGCAGCAGCGUGUGCUGUGAAGCCGAAAGCGAGCUCUGGCUUUAGAGAUUUUCGUGGGUCCAUCAGUCUCCACCAAAGCUUCGUACGGCACAAUUACAUACUCACACACACACACACACACACACACAAUAGCACGGUCGAAAGAGAGAUUGGAAGUAUUGAACUGGACUCGGGUUGUGUAUGUAUGUAUUCAAGCCAUGGCUUACGUGGGAAUGAUGUAAACCUCGAAGUAGAAGUGGACUGAAGUUGAAGCGUGGAUUUUACUACAGGAUUGGAGGUUCAGUGAAGGAUUGGGCGACUUGGUGGUGGUGUUGGGGAUGGCUGGGGGUUUGCACUUGUUUACUGCUACGAAUCGAGCGUGGGGGAAGUGGAACUCGGAGGUGGGGGGCUGUAGAAACGAUGCUAGGUUGAUGCCGGUUUGGGGAUUGGCGAGGUUGGAUGGUGGAGAGAAAUUGGGUUUGCAGGGGGUGUUCGGACCCGGUGGCAGAGAGAGCAAUCGAAGGCGAAUUAGGGCAAAGACAAUCGUUGCGAGAUGUGGUGAUGGGUAUUGUAGGAGAUUGCGUAUGCGCUGGUUUAAGGGACGCCGUGAAGAUCAUUCGAGUGGUGUGGGUCAUAAGGGUUUGCAGUUUUCGGUGGCGUCCAUGGCAGGCAGCUGCUCGGAUGCGCCGUCGUGCAUAUUUGUUGGGCCAAUUGAGACUGCGGAGAAAACACGCUUGGAAGCUUUGUACCAGCAAGCGCGAGAUUCGUAUUACAGUGGGCAGCCGUUAGUUGUGGACGACAUGUUUGACAAGGUGGAGUUGCAGCUGCGAUGGCAUGGGUCGAAGUUGGUGUUGAAGUAUCCCCGGUGUAGCUUGAGGCGUUUCACGGCCUAUGCGGACGCUGAAGUGGAUCCGUCCCAGAUGCGAGCCUUGGCUACGGUGUGGAGCUUGCUUCUCGCAGUGGGAUUGGGGGUUGCUGUGGGCCUGCCAGUUUUAAUUGCAACCUACAUGGAAUUCAAUUCUCACGAACCUGGUACGUUCGUUUUGUUGUAUACGAAUGGAGCAUUCCUCUCGCUUGCGAGCUUUCUGGUCGGAGCCCCUAUUGCGCUAGCUGCAAUGAACCAGCUGCAAGCCCUUGGGCGCGGAGACUUGGUGGCACUCAAAGGCUGCUGUCCAAAUUGUGGGGAGGAGGUUUACACAUUUGUGAAACCGGAUCAUUCAUCUUCAAAGGUAAGGCAUGAAUCGGAAUGCCACAUAUGUGAACGGCAGCUUGUUUUUCAGGCAACUCUUCACCCGUCGAAGUCAGGGCUAGGGCAACCAUGGGCGCAUGGCCGUGUAUACUUAAUGACUAGAGCAAAUGAGCUGGCUCCUGCGAGGAAGAAUUCAUAGCAGCUCCAAAGUUGUGAACUAAUUAUUUUCGAAAAUCAACAGAUUGUUGUUCCUGAGAAUGAGAGAGUGAGAGAGAGAAGUUCUCAGUCAAUUGUGUAUUAUAGAGUGCAGCAACAAAAGUCUUCCAGGGUGUCGCUGUUUAAGAAUGUUUUUAUUUUUUUUUAUUUUUUUUUUAAUUCUAAAAAGACAGAAAAAAAAGAAAAAAAAAAGAAAAAAAGAGGGAAAAAAAAAGGGGGAAAGAGAAGAAGUGUGGAGCAUGUAAGAAAUGCUCUGUCUGCCAUCGGUAACUGCAAUCAGUGCGAACAAAUGAAUAUAGGACGCUCGAGAAAGAUGUUGGAUUUUGGUGUACUAUGCUGAUUCUUAUUGAAGGGACUGAUGACGAAUCGUCCCAUAUUUUUGAAACCAA